AUGGAACACCAAACCCAUUAUACCAAAGUCUCAGUUGCUCUUGUAGGCGGGGGAACUAUUGCCCCUCUGCAUGCAGAGUAUUUACUUUCCUCGCCCACCUGCUCCCUAUCCGCCAUUAUAGACCCGUUUCCACCCGGAAAGGAUCUGGCAACGAAAAUCGGCGUUCCAUACUUUGACUCCGUGCAGUCCCUUCUCUCCUCAGAGAUUCAAAGCCCGGACGCGUAUAUCAUCUGUGUACCUUCGAGCCUCCAUGUCCAAGUCUCCACAGACGUGAUUACCCACGGACGGCCAAAGGCGAUUCUCAUCGAGAAACCCUUCUGCACGGAUUCCAAUGCCGGUGAACAGCUAAUCGAACUCGCAAAAUCAAAGUCUUGCCGGAUCCUGGUCGGUCAUCACCGCCGCUUCCAUCCAUCCAUCGUAGCCGCACGCGAGGCAAUCGGUGACGGCAAGCUCGGAAAAAUCACCGCUAUCACCGGGACCUGGAUUGCGAAGAAGCCAGACACCUAUUAUUCGUCAGCUCAAUGGCGCUCCCUGCGGUCAGCAGGCGGAGGUCCGAUAUGGACAAACUUCAUUCAUGACAUCGACGUGCUCCACUACCUGACAGGAUCGAGAGUGAAGAGGAUAUGGGCAGUGUCAGCAGUUCGACAUAGGGAGAAUAAUAGCACGCUUCCUGCGGAUCUUGUUGAGGAAGGCGCGUCGAUAAUGCUUCAAUUUGCGAAUGGUGUGGUCGGGACGUUCAUCGUCAGCGAUUAUGUCCCCAGUCCGUUCGGGUGGGAGGCCGCAACGGGUGACAAUCCAUUGUAUCCGCCCGCUCCUGUCGCUGUUGACUCGUAUCGAAUUUUCGGUACCCAAGGCACGUUGACGGAGCCGGAUGGUGUACUGUGGACGUAUGAUGCCGCAGAAGUCAGCAGACUAGGUUUAGAGGAAGGAUGGAAUGUGCCAAUUCGCAGAGAUGCCCUCCAUGUCGGUGAUGGAAUUCCGUUCCAGCAGCAGGUGGAACACCUAGCUAGAGUCAUCAGACAGGGCGAAAACCCUAGAUGCUCAGAAGAAGAUGGUUUGGCCGCUGUGAAAGUAUGUGAGGCUGUAAUCACCGCACUGGAAGCAGGUGAUGGAACUCCUGUCGAUAUUCAUUUUUAA